GCCUAACGAUACUGAAAAAUGCUAAUUCACAGCAAUCUGCGCGUCUUACCCUCAUCCAAAUGGUUCGAUUUGUUAAAUCUUAAGUAUGACUACAAGCGCUGUCGCCAUGCGCAUACUUAUGCACAACAUAUAGGUAGUAAUCUUAAAGCGAAAAUUUCAGUCAGUGAUCCACCUAUCGCAACAAUACGAAAUGUUGGUUUAAUUGCUCAUAUCGACGCUGGUAAAACGACUACUACAGAACGCAUGCUUUAUUAUGCUCGACGUAUACACUAUCUCGGUGAAGUGGAUCAUGGAGAUACUGUGACUGAUUACUUACCAGAAGAACGUGAACGUGGUAUAAGCAUUGUUACUGCAUCAGCUUCUCUGUCUUGGAGAAAUCAUAUAAUUCACUUGUUGGAUACUCCAGGACAUGUAGACUUCACAUUUGAAGUUGAACGAAGUCUAACUGUUUUAGAUAGUGUUGUCGUUAUAUUGGAUGCGGUCAAAGGUGUUCAACCUCAGACACAUACUGUGUGUCGCCAGGCCCAUCGUUACUGUCUCCCAUGUCUAAUCUAUAUCAAUAAAAUGGACCGCCCAAUGGCUAACGUCGAUCUCUGCUUACGCAGUUUAUCUAAACAGCUGCCUACAAAAGCACAUUAUAUACCUAUUCAUUGGCCAGUAUUUUCUCAUAGUCUUAAUACAGAUAACACAUCAUCAUUAAUUAAUGCUUCGAAUACGUCUACUUCGCUUUCUAAUAAAUAUAUUAAAAAAAAUGGUACCAGUCAAUUUGUUGGACUUGUAGAUUUGACUACAAUGCAAUUAAAAAAUUGGAUUUCAUGUAACGGUCCUGAUGAUGUUUAUACAUCAUCUGAUUUAUUCGAAGGUAUCAAUACAGCUACUGUAUCACAUUGCUCUCAUCUACCGAAAUCGAAAUCUUCCAUUGAAAACACUCUGAACCCAAUUGGAAUUCGAGAGGCACUAAGUGCUCGUAUGCAGCUACUAAGUACAUUGGCCGAUGUCGAUGAAGACUUUGCAGAUAAAUUCUUGCAACUCGAUCGUCCAGAUUUAUUGGUUACUUCAGAUAUUGUUCAUAAAAGUUUAAAAAAGGCAAUUCUUUCCUUCCAAGUCAUACCAGUGUUAGUUGGUAGUAGUCGAAAUAACAUCGGGAUUCAGCCUAUAUUGGAUUUUAUUGUUGAUUACCUACCAGAUCCUAGUCAUUCCAAUAUUCCAAUCUCUAUUUUAAAGGUUUAUAAAUCGUUGAAAUCUACAUUACCGAAUCCAAGUGAUCUUUUGAAAGCCUCUAGAGACUUAGAUAAUCGUCGCAGUAUUCUAUCAUCGAAUUUCCCAAUCAUGCUUGUAUUCAGGAUAUGUUUUGAUCCACAUCGUGGCCCGCUUACCUUAGUACGCAUAUAUUCCGGUGUAAUUACACCUGGUUCUCAAAUUGCUAAUUGGUCCCGAUAUAAAGAUAUACAUUUACCAGAGAAAAUCUUAAAUGUAUUUCAACUAAAUGGAGAUUCGUUAGAAGUAGUUAACAGUGCUGGGCCUGGUAGUAUUAUUGCUUUAAGUGGACUUCAGUCAACGUACACAGGCGAUGUUUUAGGUCCUGUCUUGAAUUCGACUAAAAGUAGACAAGUAGAGAAUUUCAAUGGUACUGAAUUAAAUGAUACUGAAGAAAUAUUUGACAAUGGAUCAGAAUCACCUUCCGUAUUUCAAGUAUCCGAACCUGUUGUAUACGCUGCGGUUGAACCUGGUAGUCGAUCCGAAAUAAAUACACUUGAACAUGCUCUCAAUUGUAUGCAACGUGAAGAUCCGAGCUUUCAUGUGAAGUUUGAUGAAGAAACUGGACAAUGGAUAAUUUCUGGAAUGGGUGACUUACACUUAGAUGUUGUACUUUCAAGGCUGAAACGUGAAUACAAAGUUAAUGUUCGAAUGGGACCACUUCUGGUCGCUUACAAAGAAUGUCCACCACAAGAUGCUUCCAGUUCAAGUGGAUGGAGUUUUGUGGUUGGAUAUAUAAAUGGCAGUGAAAAAGCUGUUGCAAUAGGAGUGAUACUUCAACCUAAAACUAUUCAUCCACUUCACAAACCUCAGGUAAAAACGUGUAUGCACAAAUCAUAAUAAAUUUUCUAAUCAUUUAUAGCACAUCAGAUCUAUAACUUACUGAUGCGAACUCCAACUCGAAGAGCUGUGAAACUGCAUGGUCAAUUGUAUAGAAGUAAUAAAUGUUCUCCAUUUACACUAAUGCUAUGGUGGUUUUAGCGUGGUUCUUUAAUCCAUAAUUCACUUAAUCUGAGGACUAAUGACCUAUUGUAGCCUUAUAGUUUCACCUAUUGAUAGAAAUGUAUCAUGGUUUUUAUUUGUACUCUCUCACUGUCUGUAACUUAGCCACUUCAUCUGAUACGUGUUCAUAGCCAAAUAAGCCAUUUUUAGUCUUAUCUGACACUACGUCUAACUUCAACACUGCUGACUCUCUGAUUCUAUUUAAACUAGCGAUGUUCCGAAGAUAAGUUCUGCCGACUUUAUUUCAUCUGCGCAUAGUUUCUAUACCUAUACAUUCGUGUAUCAGUUAUAGAAUAAUACAUAGCUUUUUGUAUCUCAAUAUUUUCUACCUUUUAUAGACCUAAGCAAACUUUUCAAACUAGUGAUGGUGCUUCGUCAGCUUUAGGACUAAUAUCACAGUUAUCACCUCUAUAAGCAUAUGUUUUGUUCGGUCUGAUAAUGAUAUUUGAAUAAAUCGGUACAGUAACCUUACGACUAUCGAUUGGGAAACGUGUAGGAUGAAUAGAUUAUCCUACUAACUCUCAAGGCGUUGAAACAAAUAAAGUAUCUUUUUUUCGUAAAAAAGUCAGUAGUGGAUACCAAUGCUUUAAAUCUCGGUAGCUAAUUUUCAAAUGUUUUUAUCCUGUGUUUUAUUUAUCAUCAAGAGGUUGUUUUAUACUGUUAACAUGUCAUUCUUAUCAUGGGUUUUAUUCGGACGUAUUAUUUAUUUCAAUCAGUUAAGAAUAUUGGUCAGUUAACUGUAAGUCUACAUAACAGUUUAACGAUAAACGUGUUUCAAAUGUGAUCCAUGAUUCCUUGUACAUUGCACCCCUUAGGAAUAAUCUAAGUAAUCUGAUUAGUCAUAGAUCAAAAUCAUAAAGGUUUUCUAACCGACUGUUUUGACCUAUGCUGUUCUGAUUAAAGUUCUCACUAAAAGCAAAUUUGAUAGUGAAUUAUUUGUAUUAAAUCCAGCUAACGAAUGGUAGAGAUUUAUUGUUAGUUCCGUAACAAUAUUUAUAUAACAUCGACAUAUAUCUCAGGUUUUCUGGCAGAACAUUAAAAUACUAUCAUUGCAAAUUAAAUGCUUGUGCAGCAAGAGACUUUAAUAUCGCCUUAAUCUCUUGUCAUCAUUAUAUGUUAUGCUAAACUUUGAUAUGAAUAUGUUUACUAUUAGUCUUGAAUGUUGUUCAAUUGUAAGGUUUUUCUUCAUUUUUAUAAACGGAUCCUCUUUUGUAUAUAUAAAGGUCAUUUUUGACCGACUUGUAGAUCAUAACAUCGUUCGUGUACGUCAUGCCAUCACCGAAGCCUGUUUGUCUGCCUUAGAGGUUAGUGGACCUAUUCUUCGUUCCCCUAUUAUUGGAGUAGAUAUUCACAUUAGUAAUAUUGUAUGUGGCCGUGUAGAACAAAUUUCAAAUGACUCGGGAUGUAUCAAUGGUCUUGGUGACUUGACUUUAGAUAAAUUAUCCAAUGCUCAACUUUCUUCACCAUCCCUUUUAGCCUUGUUAAAAACUUGUUGCAUAAGUAGUGUAAAAAAUGCAGUAGCCAAAAUACCUAACUGGCAUAUUAUGGAGCCGAUGAUGGAAAUCGAACUUCAAUUGCCUUCCCUAAAAGGUUAUGAUUCAGAAUUAUCAGCCUUUCUGUGUGACUUAACGAAUAGGCGCGCAGAAAUAAUAUCAGUUGACAACGCAGAAACCAGUGCAAACAGUGAAGACGAUAGCAGAAUGGGAGCUGAAAAAUAUCACCGUAUACGUGCAAUAGCACCGUUAUCUGAAUUAGCUAACUACUCGGCUACUAUCAGACGUCUUUCGUCAGGACGGGCUGAAUUGAGUCUCCGGUUGGCUAAUUAUUACCCUGUUAGCUCAGAGCACCAAGCAAAACUAUUAGACCAAUUCAGAUUCAGUCGUUCUGGAAGCACCAUGCAUUAAGAAAAUAUCACAACAUCGUUAGCCAGCUGAUAAUUACCACUGCCUGUGUAUGAUAAAUUUUUAAGUUUUAUAUAUAUAUAUAUAUAUAU